AUGGAAUGCCGCGACCAGAACAUUGGCGCAUCACCUUCUCCAUCGCCGCGCCAUAAAACCCGGCCGAUAAUCAGGUUCCCUUGUUGCAGUCGCGUUGCCAAUUCGGAAGAUCCGCCGGUGGUAGAGGCAUCGGUGAUUCGAUCAACGCCGUCAUGGAUCCGUGCAAAGGCUAUGGAGCUCCCGGAGAUGAAGGAAUGUUGCCGGAGGCUGAUCGGGAAAUCAUCAGGCCGCCAAUUUGGAGACUUCAGGUACGACCCUAUCAGCUACGCACUUAACUUUGACGACGGAGACGAUGGCGCCAAUGCAGAGUUGUUCCGAUUGCGAAACCCCACGUCUUGAUUCCUGAUGUUGCCGUCGGAUCCUAUUGACGGCGCAUGAAGAUACAA